UUAAUCCCUCUUAUUGUCUCCGGUGGCUUUUGAAACACUUUUGCACAGUUUUAAGGGUCUGCACGGUGGUGUGUUGGGGAUUUAAGUAUGAAGUCUAAAGGGAAGCGCUCGAAGAGGACUCGGAACUCCUGGGCAGAGCAGGAGCACGCUGACCUGCAGCUGGACAUGGAACCUGGCUCCAGUGAGCAGGAGGGCUCUGAGGCGUCUCUUCCACUUGGGGCAUCAUGGAGGGCAGCUGAAAACGAGGGCCGUGCCAGAACAAGGAUGGGCACCCGGCGGCGCAGAUGCCAACAUGGAAGCGCCAAAGAGCGCAACGUGCGCAGGCUGGAGAGUAACGAGAGAGAACGGCAGAGGAUGCACAAACUGAACAAUGCUUUUCAGGCCCUGCGCGAGGCUAUCCCACAUGUCCGCAUGGACAAAAAGCUCUCCAAGAUCGAGACUCUUACACUGGCCAGGAACUACAUCAAGGCCUUAACCACCAUCGUCCUGGGCAUGUCUGGUGCACGUCUGCCCAACAUGGAGACCCAGCAGCAUGUGGAGGACAUGGACCAUGAUGACCUAGCCAAGUACCUCAACCAGAUCCACAGCCUCAGCCAAAGCAGCUAA